AUGGGGGAUGGGCAAAUUUCUAAGAAAUGGUUGGAAGAACAACGCGAAGUUGGUCACAUCGAAAGGCGAGCUUUUCAAGAAGAACAGACUCAGUUACUCGAUUGGAUUGAAAAAGCUAAAGAACAAUUAGAGGUGGAUAAGGCGGAAUUUUUACGGCGAGAACACGACCUUUUGGCAAGGAUUCUUAAUGAAAGAGCUCUGCUUGAAAUUGAAAAGAGAGAAUUUAGACAGCAGAGGGAUGCUGAUGUUCUUCGAUUAAAGGGAGAGGCUGAACAUCUAGAGCAGUGUCUAAAUCAGGCUGAAAAUGCAAAGAUCGCAAUGGAAAAUGCAAAAAAGGAAUUUGAACGGAGAAGCUCACAGGUAGUAGACAAAAAUUGGACUAAUUAA